UCUUAUAUUCUCUCUUCAUUUUCCUUUCUCCCUCCCUUAUAUAUCUUCUUGGCGACUCCUUUCUGGUGUGCUUGAGCCUUGAUGACAAGCAAUUAACAUAUCUUCCACCAAUCAUCCAUGGAGGAUUCAGGAGCUGCUUCUAGUUAUGAUGUUAAGAGUACUUGUCCUAGAGGACACUGGAGGCCUGCUGAGGAUGAAAAACUCAGGCAACUUGUUGAACAGUAUGGUGCACAAAACUGGAACUCUAUUGCAGAAAAGCUCCAAGGAAGAUCAGGGAAGAGCUGCAGAUUGAGGUGGUUUAAUCAACUUGACCCUAGAAUCAACAGAAGGCCAUUUACAGAAGAGGAAGAAGGAAGGCUCCUUGCUGCUCAUCAUAUUCAUGGAAACAAAUGGGCACUAAUAGCUAGACUCUUUCCUGGUAGAACCGAUAAUGCAGUGAAGAAUCACUGGCAUGUUAUAAUGGCUAGAAAACAAAGAGAACAGUCCAAGCUAUGUGGGAAGAGUAGUUUUCAAGAUGGUCUUAGCGUCUCCAAGUUAAGUUCAACUGGUUUUACUCCAAGGAAAGCAAGAUGUCAAGAGGCUUUUAGCUCAGGAAUUGGAGACAAUAGGUUUUUUGAAUUUCAAAACCUCAGUAAAGAAAGGGUUUUCUCAGUCUCACCCUCAUCAAUUUCUUCACCAUCUGGGACUUUUACUUCAUCAAUAAUGAUGGCUUCAAAUAAUUCAUCUUCAGUCGAAUUCUCAAGAACAGAUGGAAAAGAUUAUUUAUUGCCUUCUGGUUCUAGUUAUUACUCCAUGGAGAGCUCAAAGUUUUUAGAUCAAUCUCUAUAUAAAUAUCAUUCAAACGCUUCAGCAUAUUGUAGCAGCUUCAGAAAUUCCAGUGCAUUUGGUCUCCCAAACUACAGGACGGUCGUUCCUAGUCCUUUUGGCUACAUUAAACUUGGUCAUAAUUAUGAAACUAAUAAUGGUGUGAUGAAGGAGUUGAUGAGCUUUACUGAUAAUGCACCCAAGCUAGCAAAUAUUAGAGUGAGUAAUUCCCAGCAGGAGCAAGAGGAUGAAUCCAUCAAAACGAAGGAUGUUCCUUUCAUAGAUUUUCUUGGUGUUGGUAUUUCUUCUUGAUCAUCAAAACCCAUUUUAUUUAACUAUUUUUCCUAGUAUACAUAACAGUUUAGCUUUGAUUUUCCAAUGCAUCAUUAAUUUUUAUCGUACAUAUUGAUAAUGAACAUGCAAAAGUUGAGCAGAAAAAUAUGCUUAGCUUUUUAGCAGUUAGAAAAAAUUUCUUCAAUACCCAAUAUUGUUUCAUAAGGCAUGGGCAAGUUUUCAGAUGAUAUUCAGUCAAUUUAUGAGUUUUGAUUUGGAGGACAUGAUUUUUGUUCUCGAGA